GUGGAAAGUGUGAGGUAAAUGGAUUAGUCAUCUACAGUCUACAGAUAGAUGGCUUGUUGUUGCAUCUCAAACACCAUAUGUUAUGGGAGGAACAGAAGCCCAUAUAGCUUAUUUGGCUGGAACAUAGGCAAGAAAAAUUUUGAUGAGAGGCCACGGACCACGUACCAUGAUAUCGAUCUUCCUUUCUCUCUUUCUUUGGUUGAUAAAACAUUCCUAAGGGGGAGGGACCUCAAAUGCUGCUACAAGGCCACCAUUGAUGGAUUUAGCGCGACUAGUUUCCACAGUUUUUGUGACUUUAAGGGACCAUGUGUGAUAAUUGGGUACACAAACAAGUCCUUCAAGUUUGGUGCAUUUAGCCCUGAAGGUUAUAGAAGCACAGAUGAUUAUUAUGAUAGUUUUGAUCCAUUCCUAUUCUAUUGGGCAGACAAUGAGAAAAUUGAACCCAUCAUUCUACCAAAGAUAGGAGGCAGUGGUGCAGCCCUUUUUGAUUAUUCUCGGGGUGGGCCCCAAUUCGGGGCUGAUGGGCUGCUCAUUGGGCCUCCUCUAGCCCCGGUUAUGGGUGGCUUUGCAGGGCCAGACACCAAUUCAGGCAUUGGUGAUCUGAGGCAAGCAAAAUCUAGACUAGGAUUGUCAUAUGCUAAAAGGGAAGAUGGGAAAGAGUCUCUUUUUGGAGAUGAGACUAAGGCUACCCUUGAAGAAGUUGAAGUUUUUUGCAGUCCUCAAAUUGCAAGCUUAUACUGAAGUGCAUGGAACAAGUAAGAAUAAAAGUUUAUACAAUUUUUGGUGUUGUUGUUAAAGCGUCCAGGUUUCUUCGAGUACUAUUCUUAGGCUCUUGAUUAUAGGUACAUGUUUCUUGUGUAGCAGGUCAUGUCUAUAGUAACAUAUAUGGUCAAUCAAAAAUCAUUUUAGCCACCUCAUUCUUCUCAAAAUAUGUGAAAAGAGUUGUCAAGUAUACAGAACACCUAUGUUACUACUUUUCAACUAUAUAUCCAUCAAUGAACUUCGAUGUCA